CGACAUCCAGACCGUUUUAGGGUAUACGUACUUUUCACAUGAGUUUGCUUUGCUUGCGUUCGCUGUUGUCGUUGUUGUUGUUCUUUUCUGUCAGUUUCGGCUCCAAUCAGAAAUUGGUUAGAAUUUAGUAUUGUCCAAGUGACCGGUUAAAGAGCUCGUGUGCAGUUGGAGCAGCUGAGCGAUAAUAAAUUUCGAACACUGUUUGUCUGUGUGCAUUCACCUUCAUAGAGAAAAAUCUCCGUUUUAUUCAUUUUCAAUCUGUAAAAGCUUCGAACGAAUUGUCCGUAUUCGAUUUUAUUUUGGCAUUUUAAUCUUAAUCGCGCGCCCGCGGUGUGUCCAAUCAAAUAAUUGUAAUUUGAGUGUUUGCAUCGAAUUUCAGUGUGUAAAAGUAUUUUGUUUGGCUUUAUCAGAGGAGACAAUGUCACGCGUUCUACUCAAUUUGCACAAACACUACAAUCAUUUGAACCAUUGUAGUGGCGCAAAAUUUGUGCGAAAUUUAUCAGUUUUGAACAAAUCAACGUCAAUUAGUUCGAUAAAUGCGAGCCCGCGCCGAAACUAUGCAACGGCCAAGCGGUUCGUUGCGGCUAAUCCGGUCGUUGAAAUGGAUGGCGAUGAAAUGACGCGCAUCAUUUGGCAAUUUAUUAAGGACAAACUAAUUUUCCCCUAUGUUAAGGUGGAAUGCUUGUACUAUGACUUGGGACUGCCACAUCGUGAUCUAACAAAUGAUCAAGUCACCAUCGAUGCAUCGCAUGCUGUCCUAAAACACAAUGUUGGCAUAAAAUGCGCCACCAUCACUCCAGAUGAACAACGGGUCGAAGAAUUCAAAUUGAAGAAAAUGUGGCUGUCACCGAAUGGAACCAUCAGAAACAUUUUGGGUGGAACUGUGUUUCGUGAACCGAUCUUAUGCAAAAAUAUCCCACGUCUAGUGCCCGGAUGGACAAAUCCAAUCAUUAUCGGUCGACACGCUCACGGCGAUCAGUACAAAGCAAUAGACCUUGUCAUCGAUCGGCCUGGAAAAUUGGAAUUGGUAUUCACUGAUUUAACGGGCAAAAAGGAAAAGCAUGAAUUGUUCGAGUACAAAACCAGUGGCAUUGCUAUGGGAAUGUACAACACAGACGAUUCCAUUGCUUCAUUCGCUCAUUCGUCCUUCCAAAUGGCACUGCUGAAGAAGUGGCCGCUUUAUUUGUCCACAAAAAAUACCAUUUUGAAGAAAUACGAUGGUCGCUUCAAAGACAUCUUCCAGGAUAUCUACGAAGAAAAAUACCAAGGUGAAUUCGAGAAGCAGAACAUUUGGUAUGAGCAUCGUUUAAUCGAUGACAUGGUCGCACAGUGCUUAAAAUCAUCUGGCAAAUUUAUUUGGGCGUGCAAAAACUACGAUGGUGAUGUUCAAUCGGAUAUCGUUGCUCAAGGUUUUGGGUCGCUUGGAUUGAUGACCUCGGUUUUGGUCUGUCCAGAUGGCAAAACAAUCGAAUCGGAAGCUGCACACGGAACUGUAACAAGACAUUAUCGUCAACAUCAAAAAGGAAAGCCAACAUCAACGAAUCCAAUUGCAUCGAUCUAUGCAUGGACACGUGGAUUGGCUCAUCGUGCCAAAUUGGAUAACACACCAGAACUGGACCGGUUUGCAUUGGCUUUGGAAAAAGCGUGCGUAGAUACUGUCGAAGCCGGUCUCAUGACAAAAGAUUUGGCUGGUUGUAUUCACGGUUUGCCAAACGUAACCGAAUCAAUGUAUUUGAACACAGAAGAUUUCCUCGAUGCGAUCGCCGAUCAACUCAGCCGAUCCGUCGAUAUUUAAACAUACAUUUCCGUUUUUAUAACGUUCAUUUUUUACCUUUUUCUCAUUCUUUUCAAAAACAAAAACAGAAAAGAAAACCAAACAAAAAAUCAAAUUCAAUUUUCUUUUUUAAACUGAUGUCUAUUUUUGUAAAAUGCAAAAUAUACAAUCGAAAUUUCGAAAUAAACUGAUUCUAAUAAAAAAAAUAAA